GGGGGCGAAUUAACGAUUAUAGACUAUGAAAGCAUCUAAAGAACACAGAUUCAGAUUGGCGGAGUUUUCGAAAGUUUUAAAAUGAACAAAUCACCGAUUGCUCCGAAUACAGCUAAAAGAAAGAAGUUAGACGAUGCCCUGAGUUAUUUCACAGAAGCUAGAGAACCUAUUAAAGUAAGGGGCAAUCUUCAACUACAGCUAUGCUUAGACAGUUUAGAAAACAUCUCCACAACAAAAGGCUUACCACCUGAACAUAUACUGGAGUUGAUAGAUGUUAUUGGUACAUGCAAACAUGCUGAGUCAAUUAGUGCCAGAUUGAUCAAAUUCCUAAUUCCUGCUACUUUUGUACCUGAGAAGGCUAUUGUUAAAACAAUAUCAUAUCUAUGUACAAAUAAACCUUCUACAAAUAUGCAGUGCCUGUUACUAAGAUGGAUAUUAGUGAUCUACGAUUACAUAGACACCAAAGAUGAUAUACACAAACUGUAUGGACUUAUAUUCUUCUUCCUUGACAACCAGACUAUGAUGCCUUAUGUUUGCCACUUGUUAUUUUUGCUGACAAGAAAAGAAGAUGUGAGAAUGUUCCGAGUCAGGAAGCUCUUGAAUCUUCAGAACAGAGUGGGUGCACAGCCAUAUUUGAUUGGAUUAUUAUCUAUAUAUAAACUUUAUUAUCCAAACCUGGUAUCUAUGGUUCUUCCAAAGAACAAAAAAUUAUUUUUCCCUAGUAAAGAUGGUAAAUGGAAGAUUGUUGUAGAGAAAGUUCAACUUAGCAGAGUUAAUCAGAAUACAUUGGAUACCACAGUAGCAUCAGGAAGACUUCAGCUGGCAGAUUCUAGUCAACUUAGAGGGGCUCCGAGAUCAAAACGAAGGAAAAUAGAUCCUGUUCCUAUUGUUCACUCAAAUGCAUCAAGUAAUAUUGGAAACCCUGGGAAGGAUACAGUAGAGGCCAUGUUAUAUAAAAAUAAACCAUUUGUACAAGUGUCUGACUUGAAAGCUUUGAUGCAGCGGCCUGAUUACAUUGAGCCACCAAGUCAGAUAGGAGCCGUACUUAGAAAUGAGUUAUUACAACACUACAUGUCUUAUUCAUUUGAUGCUGUGACAGUAACAAGGUUUUCCUAUUGGUUACAAGCUGUUCUUUAUGAAGAGAUACUGGAUAGAACAGUAACAGUAGAAGAUAAAGAAAGAAUUGAUGGUUUGCUGACAAAAGUUGUUAAUUUUUCAAAAUUUCUGCAAGAGGGUAUACCAGCAGUAGACCAAUUUUUAGCUACAUUUUUGCAUCGAUGGAAUGGAGAGGAUUUUCGUGUUCAUAUUUUUAGACUGAUAACCUACCACAGAAUUUGUUCAUUCCAAAGAUUACAUGAUAACAUACUGGAGCCUUUGAGAAAGCUAUACUUUUGUUCAUCUGUUUACUUCAAGUGUCAAGUGAUACACUGCCUAACAGCAUUGCUUCGUAAUUUGGCUGCCUUUGAAUGGCCAAGGGUCCAAGAAAGCAAUAAAGCAGAUGAAGUAGAUGGUCAGACUCCUACAAUUUUAUCCUGUUUAUUUCAUGAAGAUACAGAAGAGUAUGAAGGUGUUGUGACUUUACUAGAAUUAGUGCGGUACAUCAGUGAUAUGUGUGUAUUAGGUCAACAAAUGGAUGAUAGUCAUAAUCUACUCAUACACAUCAACUUAAACUUUAUGGAAUUAGUAGCCAGUCUGUUUUCACAAUACAAUAUUCCUGUUGUACCGUUCCCUGUCAAAGAUAUAUUUAUGAGACCAUUCUUACUAGAGAAUGCAAUGGGACCAGCUCGUGUUUGUUCUAUCAUUACCAUGUACAAGAAUUCAUUAGAACUACAGAAACGGCAGACAAUAGGAACAGAAUAUGAUGAAGUUAUCAAUAAGAAAGCAAUAAUCAGGAAAUGUAAUGACCUUAUCUUAGAUGUGUCUGAUGCUUUGUUAAGGAAUAGAGCUUUCACAAGGAAAGUUGAUGGAAGUUUUUUCAACUUUAAUCCUCAGGACUACGGUGAAUCUCUGAAGGUCAAAGAAGAUGUAUUCACUGUUUAUUUACACCAAGCUUUUCUGGGUUUUGCUAUGAAAUUUUUGAAAGAGACCCAGCCAAUAGAACAGUUUGGACAUCCUAGAGGAAUCAAGGGAGUUAAAGAGACAUACUUUGAUUUUUUGGAACGUGAACAUUUGGAUGAUAUUCCAAAGUAUAACAAAGUUUUCAUUAGGAAAGGGAAUCAAUCAACAACUUCUGCUGGUUAACAAGAAUGAUAUUUCCAAAUAAACAGUUUUUAUUAGGAAUGGGAGUAAAUCAACAAUUUUUGCUGUCUGACUAGAAAGAUUUUCACAAAUAUAAAAAAAGUUUUUUCAUAUGGAAAUAAUAGAGUCUACAGACACAUAUUCCUGGCUGACUGCAACGGUAUUCCAGUAUGUAACAAAUUUUUCAUAAAGAAGGGGAUUUAAUGGACAUCUACUGCUGGCUGACUAGAAGGAUGUUCUCAAAUAUAAGUUUUUAUAAAUAGAAGAAGUGAAGAGAUAGAUAUGAAUACAUAGAAACAUUAUCGUAAAAAUCAAACAAUAAUAUUAAUAAAAAU